UAGUAUAAGUAAUCUCAUUUAGUCCUUUUAGAAAUCAUAAUGUCAGCAUCACAAGUUUUCUACAUCACUGGUACAUCAAGUGGCUUUGGUCGUGAGCUCGCUUUAAUCCUCUCGCAACGUGGACACAAAGUUAUAGCAACAGCUAGAACGAUCAGCAAGAUAGAAGAUCUUGGAAAGGUCGAUAACAUUAAGAUACAACAACUAGAUGUCACAGAUUCAUUUGAUAUCCUUCAAAAGAAAGUAGAAGAAGCCAUCUCAUUUUUUGGUACCGUUGACGUUCUCGUAAAUAAUGCAGGAUAUUCACAAACUGGUUGUUUCGAAGAACUUACAGAUGGAGAAAUUAGAAAGCAAUACGAUACGAAUGUCUUUGGAACUGUAAAUCUCACUAGAGUAUUUCUACCAUAUUUCAGAUCAACAGAGAAAGAAAGCAUCAUUUGCACGAUAACUUCUGCUGGUGGUUUAGUAAGUUUCCCAACAUCUGCUGCAUACACAUCUACGAAAUUUGCUUUAGAGGGAUUCUUUGAAGGUUUAGAUGGUGAAUUAAAAGCAAGUAAUUUACCAAUUAGGGUACUUAUAAUCGAACCUGGCGGUUAUAAAACGAAUUUCAUUGGGAAUAUUAUCAAAUCCGAGAAUCAAAUUGAUGUAUACAAUCCUAUAAAAGAACAAAUUCAUCAAUUAUUUACAGAAUAUGAUACAACUACUGGUGGUAAUGCCUUAAUAGGUUCAAAGUUAAUCGCAGAUGCUUUACUGAAACAAGGAUUCGCAGCUGGCAAAGACAUUCCAUUAAGGUUACCAAUUGGAAGCGAUUGUAUCAACUGGUCAGUUGAAAAAUUCAAGAAAACAGUUGAUAUAUUUGAAGAAUGGAGACCAUUUGCAGCUGAAUCAGAUCCAAAGAACUAGUUUCCAUGCAGUUUCAACUCAAGCUAUGGUUUUAUUCCUCUCUAUUACUCUGAAAAAUGAGUGUAUUUAUUGAUCGCUAUUAUAGUAUUUCUGAAUUGAAUAUAUAUAUAUAUAUAUUUGUUUAUUCUUUUAUUUGUUCUUUUCCGCAAAUGUAUCACUGAUUAUUAUUUUACUC